AUCUGGCUGCUUCCUGCCUACGACUGAAGCUCGAUUCGACUAUAAUAUUGGGCUAAUGUUACUCUCGCAUCUUGUAGCUUUUAGACUAACCACAAACGGCGCGGCGUUAGUCUUCAGAAUCGCUGCUAGGGAUAAAAAAAGAAAGAGCUCAUAUGUCAGCGCAAGGGACUCCAGUGCCUGACAAUCUCAAGUCUCCAGUUGGGAGGAAAGCCAACCCGAAGGCACCGUCUAAGGUUGCUAGUAAGCGCCGUGCAGUAUCUGGAGCAAACGGCACCGCGAAGCGUGCGACACGCCGCGAGCUCAAGAAGCUGGUAGAAGUGGACUUGGAGGAGAAGGACGACGUCUCGACAGCGAUCAAAAAGGAAAAUACGGCCGCUGUGCCGUUUGGAGUGGAUGCCACUAGCGCGUCUAUCACACCCACGAGUCUGCAUGAUGAUUUUGUGAAUAUGAUGAAGACGAAAGGUCUGGAGAAGAUAGCAACAGAGGCAGGACUUUUGAAGAAUGGCGCUCUAGUGGAAUCGCAGGCUUCUGCGGCCACGUCGGCCGCUGUGACACCUGCCAGCUCUGGAAGAGGAAAGAAGUCGGCGCCCACGGCUUCAACUCUCGCAAGCCCGUCGUUCACCAGUCCCUCACCUGGGAAGAAAAGGAAAUAUUUGAAGAUCAACAAGGGCUUGCGCCAUUUUAGCAUGAAAGUGUGUCAAAAGGUGGAAGAGAAGCACGUUACGUCGUACAACGAAGUUGCUGACGACCUAGUGCGCGAGUUCGUCACAAUGCGACCAAAUGAUGCGGUAUACGAUGAGAAGAACAUCCGUCGGCGUGUUUACGAUGCGCUGAACGUAUUGAGGGCCAUGGAUAUUAUUUCAAAAGAGCGGAAGGAGAUCCGAUGGAAAGGACUGCCGUCAAAUUUGCAACACGAUUCGGAAAUGCUCUUGACCGAACGCAAUGAGCGCAUGAAGAGUGUGGAGCAGAAGAAACAACAUCUGCAGGACUUAUUGGUACAGCAAGUUGCAAUGAAGAACCUUUUGAAGCGAAAUGCCGAACGUAAGCGAAAGGAGAGCGAGAACCCCACAGCUGCCACUAUUGUACGCGACGAAGGUCGAGUCUUCUUGCCGUUUAUUGCAGUGAACACCAGCAAAGAUACGGUGAUUCAGUGCGAAAUGUCGGAAGACCGUCAGGAUAUCUUCUUCAACUUCAGCGCGCCGUUCGAAAUCCACGACGACGCAGAUAUUUUGCAGAAGCUCAACUUACACAGGGCGCCGUAUACUGAGCUGAAGCAAAUGGUGCCUGACAAACUGCUGUCCUACCUUCCAGCCGAGUGCGAAACGAAGAGCGACGAGUAG